AUGGAUGCGGAGAGUGAUGUUGCCUUGGACAUUUUAAUCACAAAUGUAGUCUGUGUCUUCCGAACAAGAUGUCAUUUAAACUUGCGAAAGAUUGCGUUAGAGGGAGCAAAUGUAAUAUACAAGCGUGAUGUUGGGGUAAGUUACUUCUCAGUUUUAGUUCACUCGUUGACUUCUUCUAAUAAGGCAUAUUCAACACAUAUACACCAAUGUGUUGAUUUUCAUUCUCUAUGCAGCAGUUUUGUUAGUGUUUCAGGGGCAUUUUUCUUUUAAUAUGAAAUUGCAGAAUUUAACACCGUCAUACCCAAUUUCAAAAUACUGCCAUUGAAGACUUCUGAAGUCGGGUGAUCUGAUAAGUUUCAUUUCUGUGUUUUUCAUUUCUGUGUUUUUUUAUAUAUAUAUUUUUUAAAGUGACAAAAUGCAGCUGUUUAUUGAGCAGUACAUGAUUCAACACAUUCUGAAUUUUCGUUAACCCCACCUUUUUUAAUAAGUAUUGUGUCAUUUGUGUGAAGGUCAUCUCAAUAUUGCAGAUACAGCAGCUUUGAGGAAACAUGUGUUGACAUAUACAGCAUAUUUGUUUGAUCAGAGGUGUGUGUGGUGUUUGAAAACAUUUUUUUAAAAAGACUUAAACUUGCUAAGUGUCAGAUUGUAGCCUAUGUAUGUGAAGUUCUUGACAGUGUGCUUUCUUUCUAUUAGCUUGAAAUUCGAUUAUCAAAACCUGUAGCAAAGCAAAAUGUGCAUUACAGCGGUACCUUGUGUUGCGAACCGUCCCCCUUACGAAUGCUUCGGGUUACGCACUCCGCUAACCCGGAAGUAGAUGCCCCUUGUUACGAACUUUGCCCUGGGAUGUGAGCGGAGAUCGCACUCCAGUGGUGCGGCAGGCACCAUUAGGGAAAGCGCAUGUUAUUAGGGGUUUCCGCUUAUGAACGGACCUCCAGAACGGAUUAAUUAAUAAUUCACAAUUAUUAUAUAACCGGAGGUACCACUGUACUAUAACCAGUAAUAAGCAGUAGAUAUUUCAGUGACCAAACAUGCAAGAGAAUGUUAUUUUUGGUAGUGUGACUACCAUGUGUGCCAUUAGGAGCUGGCUUGGUGUAGUUGUUAGAGCAUCAGAUUAGUACCUGGGAGACCAGGGUUCAAGUACCCACUCAGCCAUGAAGCUCACUGGGUGAUGGAUGACCCUGGACCAGUUGCCUGACUCUCAGCCUAAUCUACCUCACAGGGCUGUUGCGAGGAUAAAAUGAGGAGAACUAUUUACACCACCUUGGAGGAAAUGUGGAAUAUAAAUGCAAGAAAUAAAUGAGUUUACUCCCCUUUCAUUAAAAUAAUGACUAUUGGGGAAGUUCAAGGGCUGAAAUAGUUUUUUAAAAAAAAAAAACUUUGGAGUUCAUUAACGCCUUUAAAAAACAGGAGUGCAUACAUGAAAAAAAUAAAAAAAAUAUUUAUUGUCCUGUUACAACUGCCUGUCUACAUGUUAGAAGCAAAGAUAGCAAAAGAUAGUUGCAAGAAAUACUGUAUAGUGUGUUAAUUAAAUAGAAUAAAUUAAUGUCUAAAAGCUUUACCCUUUGGUUAAGGUUAAAGUUAUCCAGAAGGAAGCCACGAUGAAAUUAACAAAUAAUGGGAAUAGUAACAUGAACAUAACAAUAAAAGUGUAUGAGCUUUAGCAAAAAUGGCAGCAUUUGAACCUGUAAUUCAUUGUUCUCUUUUGCUACACCAGGAAGUUUCUUUGUUUAAAGUAUAUUUUUUCCUGACUGAUUUCAGAAAGUAUUAAUGAAACUUCGGAAACCAAGGAUUACAGCAACAAUUUGGUCCUCAGGAAAAGUAAUUUGCACAGGAGCUACAAGGUAUAUAUUGUUUGUGUUUUUUAUCAUCCAUAAAAUCACUUCUGUGUUGCUGUAUUUUAACCCUUGCUCCCUUAACUUCUUAACCAAUCGCUUGUGUGGUUUUUUUCCUAUCUAGUGAAGAAGAAGCUAAAUUUGGUGCCAGACGAUUAGCUCGUAGUCUGCAGAAACUAGGUUUUCAGGUAAUUCUUUCAAUCACUGAUGAAUUGUGGCCUUUUAAAAUGUUUUUAAUUCAGAGAAUUGCUGUUUAAAGAGAUCUGUUUCUAGAAAACCAGGUGAUUAGGCUUACUGCUGAGCAGAUUUCCAGAAAUUUGCUUGGCAAUCAUGAGUGCUCUUCCUUUGCAUUGCAAGUCCCUGGGUUUUGUGCUUAUAUAAAGAACCACACACAUAGGAGAUAAACCAUACCUUUCUACUUGUGGGAAGGAAACAAGGGGUGACGCUCUGUUCUUUUUCUGCAAAAGUUUUCGCUGCUGGUGCUGCCUUAUAAAAAGGGGAAGGGAAAGGAGAAAGCAGGCCUUUUUAUUUGUAUUUAUUCAAUUUAUAUCCUGUCCUCCUUCUCAGAGGAGCCCAGGGCAGACAAGUAUAAAACACUAAAAACAUCUUAAGACAUCGGUUUCUCAUUUGCUCUGGCAGGCACAAACCUUUGCCAAGUCAAGGGAGAUCACUUGCUGCCACUAAGAGCAAAAGAAGAACUGAACUGUUGCUUUUAAAAGUUAGAGCCCAUCAACAUUUUCUAUAAAAGGGUUUGUUUGAAAUGAAGCAGGAACAUGAUUACAAGAAUGAUUAUGGUUACAAUGAUUGUCUUUCCCAAUACUCAGCAGAAUUUGUGGUUGUUGACAGCCAUUGUAGCCACUAGUAUAAACUAUGCAAAGCUAACUGAACUGAUGUCAGUGCACUUCAGUUAACUGGAAGUUGACAUCCUUUCUGAAAAGGUGUAAAUGGCACAGCCUAGCAACAAUUGAGCACUUUUAGGUUUAAUGUGCUUAAUUCUCUCCCAUUGAAAUCAAUAGGACUUAUUAUCUUUAGGUUUGGAAUUAUUGUGCCUAAAUGUAGCCUUUCAUAGUUGCCUGUGAUCUCCUUCAGGUAAUUGAAAGCCAUAUUAGUACAUUGUUAGUAAGCAAAAGAAUUCCAGUAUAAAUUACACUAAAUUAGGUGUGAUGAGACCUGAAAAGAAACUUACCUUGCCCUAGAACUGUCAAAAAUUUCUAACCAUUAUAGAGUUUUAAUUGCCCUUUAUGUUGUAUUUUUGUUCGAAGUUGUAUUAAACUACUGUUGGCCUUUUAGUUAAAAUGAAGCCAAAAUGUGUAUAAGUCCUUGGCUUUCAGAUUAGUUCCUAAUAUUUUCAUUUGUGUUCUUUUUCUUUCUAAAAGGUGAUUUUUACAGAUUUUAAAGUUGUCAAUGUUUUAGCAGUAUGCAAUAUGCCCUUUGAAAUCAGAUUGCCGGAAUUCACAAAAAGCAACAGACCCCAUGCCAGGUAUAGUAGAUUUUAUAUCUAUUUUCUCUCUCUCUUUUUAUUUUGCAUUUUCAUUUUUUAAAGCGAGCUUUGCAUUUCUCCUUAGUUAUGAACCGGAGCUUCAUCCUGCAGUGUGCUACAGAAUAAAAUCUCUCAGAGCUACUUUACAGAUUUUUUCAACAGGAAGUAUCACAGUUACAGGUAUUCACCUUUUUGUGAAUAAGUAACUUUCUCCGUGUUGUAGCUCAGGUAAUUAAGUGUUUGAUAAGGUCAGCAUGUGUAUAUGACUUCCCACUAAUUUCUGUGUACCUGUGCCAUCUGAUAACUAUUGUUGUAGAUCAGGCAUGUCCAACAGGUCAGUCGUGGGUGUGUCCCAGGUCAAUUGCAGUAUACAGUUCAGUGAUCUCCUUAGUGUUAGUGUUCCUUUUAGGACCCCCUCCCCCAAAGAAAGCUCAACAACUUUGGCCAACCCUCCCCCGCAAAAAGCUCAACAACUCCUGGCAAUGACAAUGGGUAGAUCACAGCUGGUCUCUUUCUACUGUGAGUAGAGUGCACUCUCUUGGGAGUUGGACGUGCCUGUUGUAGAUUAAAACGAGAGUUGGAUUAUGAUUUGUUUUGGAGAUUUCGGUGGUUGUUUGAGCUAACUCAUUAGCAAAUAGGAUUGCUGCAUAUUUAAGAAGAGAUACUUUGAUUUAAGCUGUCUCAUCUCAAAGCCAACAGGGCGCUCAAAACUUAAAUCUAAAGUAUAACAACUGGGUUAUGUGUUGGACUGCUGGACUUGCCGAUGGCAGUGUCCCAGACAAUUUAGAAUACUAAGUGCAGGAAGCAUUCUUUGAAAAAUGAAAGCUUCUCUGCUGGGUUUUGUGCUUCCACUUCCUGUGUGGAUUUCUGGCCUCUUUGUUUCCUGGUUGUCAGUGUGAGACAAUGGAGAUCAGACCAGAAUGUACACAGAUGUGAUGUGGGAUGUGUGCACAUGGGUGAGGUGUGGCAUGUGCUGAACAAGCAUUUUCAGGUUAGUCUGAAUUUACUUCCUACUUUGCCAUGUAGCAGUUUUAAGUAAUGCUAGCAAUGUUGAUAUAUAUUGAGACUAUUGGUCGAUUCAGGUUUGUUAGAGUUUAGUUCAAAAUAUAUUCACGAUCAAGGAACUGAAGCUAUAGGGUUAGCUUUUGUGUGUAUCCUUAUUCUAAUGUUUUAUCUUGUCCUACCCUCAGGGCCAAACGUAAAGGCUGUUGCCACUGCAGUGGAACAAAUUUAUCCAUUUGUGUUUGAAAGCAGGAAAGAAAUUUUAUAA